GUUUGGGAGCAAGCCCUUUCCCAGAUCCUAAUGAGCUUGAGUGUAGGCGGAGGUGGUCUCAUCACGUUGGCUUCCUAUAAUCGUUUUCAGUACAACCUCAUCAGGUGGGGUGCGACGUACAUCAUGAACUUCAUGGAUUACUACGCCACAGCUCCGAGGCAACUCUUCACGCAAAUGGUUAUGCUCUGGGCUGUCAUGUACUGCUUUGGCAUCGAAAACUUUCUGUCAGCUUUGAAAGCGAUGACUGGAUUCAAUCCUGGUCUCACGCUGAAAAGCUAUCUAGUGACUCUCUACACCGCCAUCAUUCCAUCCAUCCUGGUGGGGAUCUUCAUCUGGUCGUGCAGCUACGUGAAUCCCCUCGUAAUCGCAGGCUACGAAUACCCAGCCUUCGCCCGCGUACUCGGCUGGUUCACGGCCUUCCUCACCGUCUCUGCCAUUCCCUUCGCUGCUUUCUACCAGACCUUCUGGGGGUUUCGGCAUGUACCGUGGAGACAGAGAUGGAGAGUCCUCACCACCCCGACCGAGAGAUUCUACGCGAAUCAGCUGGCAUUCGCGAAAGGAGCCCCCUUGUCGUCCAAUGACGUGGAUAAUCGUGACAAUGAGCUGCAGCUUCUCGAUGUUCCCUCUAAAUAAUUUAUUCAAUUGGAGUGCAUGGUAUAUCAUUAAAAAAUU